AGCUGUUCUCUCUCAGGUAAAAACAGUGUUUUUGUGAUCUGUGAUUUUUUCCAGAUUCACAGGAGUCCUGUGCCCCUAACUCCAGCAAAUGUGGAGGGACAAGUGUAAAUUAUUUGGUAAGGUGGAAGGCAUAGGAAAAAAGGAAGAUGGUGUUCUAGAUGGAUAGACUCAAUCAAGGAAGCAUUGGUUCUGAGUUUGUGAGAGCUGAUCAGGGCUGUUGAGGACAAGGAGACUUGGUCUCUCAUUCAUAGUUUCAUCAUAGGUUGAAUCUGACAGCAGCUAAGAACAAAAAUAUAUUACAGAGAAGAUGGCAAAACAUAGAGCUUCAAGCCAUGAUGUUUCAGGAAGUGAGCCAGAUGAUGACUCUCUGACAGAUUUUACAAAAACUGACCUCUUAGCAUUCAAGAGUACUUUUGCAAAACCAAAAUAUGCCAACACGUACAGAAUGGAACCUUACAGGAAAUUUGAGCCUCAUGUAGUAAAGAAGAAGGUGGAAGAAAUACUGAAGAAUAAACUUCAAGAUUUCAGAUAUAGUGGUCCCAUUGCUGCCUCCACAUGUACAGACCUCACUGACACUAUAUUACAAGCUGUAACAGAGCUGGGCUUUGAUCGUUACAAAUAUGUAGUCCAAGUAUUUCUUGUGGAAAAGACUGGUCAGUCAAUACAUAUUGCCAGCAGAUGGGUCUGGGAUGUUGCAAGGGACAAUUGGAUUCAAGGUCAACAAGAAACUGAGAACUAUGUUGUAGUGGCUCUGAUAAUUGCUUGUUAUUAUGAGUAACUCCUAAAAAACAGUGAUUAUUGUGGUAAUCUAUUAUGGUAUCCUAUGUUUGAUCAAAUAAAUGUCCCCACCAUUA